AAGAAUCACCCAACAGCUGCAACCUCGGUUCCAUCAUCUCCAACUUUUCUUUCUUUUUUCUUUUUUUUUUUUACGCACAAACGCUCAGAGCUGGGGGAAGACUCCGUGUCUGUGCGGGGCGGUCAAGGUUUGCCCGGCUGAGCUCCUCUGUUGAGGCCGGGUCUCUGCUGAGGGGGGAAACCGGACCGCUUUAUCACCGGACCGUCCUUAUCUGAGUGGGUUGGGAGAAUCUGUAGAAGUUUGUUGAAGAGCCGCUGGUUCAAAAGGAAAGGAACGUUCUCCGGUUAGGGGACAGUCGGAUCUCCAUCUGUCUUCCUUCGAUUCGUAUUAAGGCUAAAAGUCUCAGAAUGUACCAAAGCCUGGCCCUGACCUCCAACCAGUCCCCGUACCCCCACGACACCGGGAACUACAUCCACCCCUCGGCCAGCUCCCCGGUGUACGUCCCCACCACCAGGGUCCCGGCCAUGCUGCCCACCCUGCCUUACCUGCAGACCUGCGAGUCGACCCACCAGUCCCACGGCCUGGCCGGGCACCACGGCUGGGCUCAGUGCGCCGCGGACGGCUCCUCCUUCGCCCCCAGCAGCCCUCACCCUCCGCACGGCUUCUCCUACUCGCACAGCCCGCCGGUCAGCACCAACCCCGGGCGGGACGGCGGCUACCAGAGCCAGUACGGAGGGGCGCUGGUGCGCUCCGUGGGGGGGUCCUACUCCAGCCCGUACGCUUACAUGAGCCCGGAGAUUGCCACGUCCUCCUGGACGCCGGGGCCCUUCGAGAGCGGGGUGAUCAGUCUGCAGGGCCGGCAGGGAGCUCUGGGCGGACGGAGGUCCAGUCUGGAGCUGAUGGACGACAUGCCCGCAGAGGGCAGAGAGUGCGUGAACUGCGGCUCCGUGUCCACGCCGCUGUGGCGCAGAGACGGCACCGGUCACUACCUGUGCAACGCCUGCGGCCUCUACCACAAGAUGAACGGCAUCAACAGGCCGCUCAUCAAGCCCCAGAAACGGCUGCAGACCACGUCCCGCCGGGCCGGCCUGUGUUGCACCAACUGCCACACCAGCACCACCACGUUAUGGCGACGCAACGCUGAGGGAGAGCCCGUCUGUAACGCCUGCGGCCUCUACAUGAAGCUGCAUGGGGUGCCCAGACCUCUGGCCAUGAAGAAAGAAAGCAUUCAGACAAGGAAGCGUAAACCCAAGAUACCGAAGACUAAAGCGUCCACAGGCUCCAUCACCUCUGACACUAGCUCCCCAUCCUCCCUGUCGGUCUCCGAACACGCCUCCACCAUUAAAAGUGAACCCAGCAUGGCCCCGUCGCCCUACGCAGGGCAGACCAUCACAUCUGGCUCUCAGACCGCCUCUCAGCUAGACAGUACGGCAUCCGGACACGUGGACAUUAAAUACGAGGAUUAUCCUUUUACCCCGACGUCAAUGGCUCCGCAGAAUUCCUGGUGUGCUCUGUCUCAAGCAUGAGCAUCCCCAGACAGCAGGACUAGCUCACCGGCUAACUCCAACGUCACUGAAAGGACAAUCCUCCUCAUCCCGAAGCAACUUCCAUUGACUCCGAAGCUGUGGGAAAACUGUUGUAAUAUGGAUCAAAACGGGCAGAAUGCAAAAAAAAAAAAAAAAAAAGAAACAACUACCUACGACCAAGUAAUCUUGGAUUUUUAUUGGAAACACUGGCUGUAAAUGGCAAACCAGGAGUGGAUUGUAGUAAGACUUGCAAAACACAAUCUGCAGCAAACUUAUAAACAACUUAAGAAGAGCUAAGAACUUGGACUGAUGUCCGUCCAGCAAACUCUAUCUCCUCAAUACAUCCAACAUCAACUACCUAUAUCCUAAUGAGCAAUGUUUUUGGAGAAACAUUACACUAAACAGAGGACAUCAAUGCAAAGACAUUCAAGUGGAACGCUAAAAGAUAAGGAUGCAAUAACCUAAUUUUAGAGCUAUUAAAUAAUUUUAUUGUAAUUUUUUUUUCCCUCUUAGUUGUUGCUUUGUGUCCAUCCUCUCUGCUUUCAAAAACAAUUCCAGCGGGUUAUUUUUCAGAGGAAUCUUUAAAAAAAAAAAAAAAACGGACUGAAAAUAACUCUUUAUGGCUGUUGAACAUGUCUCAUUACCAGCGUGUAGAUGAUUAACGUUUACAGGCACAUUAUUUAUGUUGAGAUAAGGACAGUUAAAAGUCAUUGUGGACACUAAAACCAGCCGGUUGUAAACCACCGCUCACCGUUCCGCUCACAGAACGGCUGUUUGCGCCCGAGCUACGAGGCAUCGUCUUAGACUUGCUUUAGCAGAACAGCGGGGGGGAGAAAAAGUCUUGUAAAUGUCAGAUGAAAACGUCCAACUACCAAAUGUUUUCAAUUUUAUUGAUUCAACGGUGAUGAAAGUGCAAUGAAUCAAUUUUUUCUUUUCAAAAUUUUUAAAGGCAAAUGAAAAAUAAAAAAGAAACAGUGUGAAAUGAUUGUAAUCAUAAUGUAAUUAUUCGUGUUUGGUUGAUAAGCGACUGUGUGUGGAUUUUCUGAAGAGCUUUCUGUUUCCGUUGCUAUUUUAUUUUUUGGAUGACAUUUGAAAUCUGUCCAGGUUAAUAAACAUAUGAUAUAAUUUUAUAGAAUUAAUAUUCUGAA